AUGUUUUUAUUAGUUACAGAUACAUACAGCUCUUCUGUCAAUCUUGUGACAGAGCCAAUUCAGAAUGACUCUCUAUCACUGACGUGUAGAUACACUGGAAAUGAAACCGUUGAUUAUUUCGUAUGGUACUAUUACGCACCCUCGGCCAAUAUUCUAGAUGUUGUACGUAAUGACUCGUGCAAAUCAACUGUUAAACAUGACGCCCGUUUCAACCAUCUGAAAUACAAGUUCAGAUGCUCAGAGAUCAAUGCAAAUACAAUAAUAUUCGAGCAACUUCCGUAUGAUAUGAUUAUAGAAGCAAUGACAUGUACUGUGAGAACUAUAGAACAGAAUUUGUCAAUGGAUGCAUAUGAAGAACUACUAUUUGGUGAUUUUUGGUGCCCUUCACCUGGGUUAGAAGACAGCUAUACUUCUACAUUAUUAAGAAAUGGUUCGUAUCGGCCAGAUACUGAAACAAAUGCUGCACUUGAAUGGAGUGUUCUUAAUUAUUCGUUUAAACGUUCUAAAAAUGGCUCGUCAGUAUCUUGCACAAAAACCUACACUGCCCAUGUUUAUCCUGUCAAAGAAAUGGUAAUUGUUCUAGUGACCAGUUGUCAAAAGGAAGUGGAAAGAAGGACUGAAAAAUCAUAUGGAACAAAUGCUCCUUGUUCCUUAUAUGUUGCUAAUGCGUCAGGCUAUAUUUCUUAUAAUUACUCGAGCGAGGGAACAUGUGUGCAACAAAUGAAUAGCUGCUCUCGUACAAAUAUAGCGGAAAUAGAGCAUAUUAUUGGUCAGAUCAAUGGCGGGAAUUCUUAUCAGGAAAUAGAAAACGCUCUUCUUAAGACACUAGAAGUAACAACACAUCAAGAUUCAAACAGCCAUCUACACCAUGAAGAGUUAACCACAAUUAUUCAAGCGUUGGACAAAAUAGUCAAAUUAGAGAACUGGGCUAUCACUCCUAAUCAGUCAAAAAACUUUGUGAGGACCGUUAAUAACCUUCUUGAUAAAAAGAAUGUAGCAGUCUGGCAAAGCAUUCCCCAAAACGUGCACGGUAUUAAGGGUGAUCAAUGGGUAUGGAAGCUUCUGAAUACCGUCAGUUCGUUUUCUACAAUUCUUGGAAGAACUAUAAAUGAAACCACUUCUAACAAAGAAAGAACAAUACACACCGAGAAUGUUCGUAAGUUGUAUCAUCAAAAGUGGUGA